UUUUAACCAAGGGCUGUGUUGUAGUUAUGAACUCACUUUUAUAUGAUUUUGCUGGCACUUGAGGCUCUCACUCAGUUCAUAUCUCAAUAUCUCCAAAUUAGCAAAUCCAAUCCAACAAUGGCCAUUUCUUUCGUAAUCGAUCCAUCCAUUGCUCCUUGCUUCUCCUUCUCCUCUCCAUCUUCAUCAAGAACCCUACCUUUACGAAACCUUCGUUUCCAUGGCAGCAGACCUUCACCAUUAUCAUCUCCAUUGAUUUCAAAACCCAAUCGAAAAUUCCCAAUCUUCGCUUCUUCUCCUAGUAAUAGUGAAGAAGCGAAUUCGAAGUACCCAACAGAUGUGAAAUCUCUGAUUAGGGUUUAUAAAGAAGCUCUCUUUAACGGAGACGAAAGCUCAGUUGUGGAAAUCGAAAGGAUGUUUUGUAGAAUCGAGAAAGAGAAGAAUAAAAUGGAUCAGAAGGUUUUAUCAUUAUCUAUGAAGAUUGCUUCUGAGAAAGAGAUGAAGAUUAGAUUAACUGCUGAUUUUGAGAAUACUAGGAAGAAGCUUGAUAAAGAUAGGCUUAGUACUGAGUCUAAUGCAAAAGUUCAGAUUAUGAGAAGUCUUUUGCCACUUAUUGAUAGUUUUGAGAAAGCUAAGUUACAGGUUAGUGUUGAUACGGAGAAGGAGAAGAAGAUUGAUACGAGUUAUCAAGGGAUUUAUAGACAGUUCGUUGAGGUUUUGAGGCAUCUUCGUGUUGCAGCUAUUGCAACUGUUGGCAAGCCCUUUGAUCCUUUGUUGCACGAAGCUAUAUCGCGAGAAGAAUCUGAGACAGUUAAAGCAGGGAUAAUAACCGAGGAGCUGAACCGAGGAUUUCUUCUUGGAGAUCGCGUUCUGAGACCAGCAAAGGUUAAAGUCUCUUUAGGACCUAUCAGCAAGAAGACUCCUUCAGCUACCGAGGAGAUAACACCUUCUAGUUGAGUCAAUCUUGGGAAAAAAUUUCAUUGUCAGUCCAUUUUUUUAUCCAUCUAUCAAAGGGAUAACACCUAAACCGCAGCUGAUGUCUGAAUGAGAAAGUUCUUUGGCUGCUGAGAUUAUAACUGAUUCAUGUUUUUGGUUUAUACAACUGUGUUAUAGCAAUGGUUUAAAUUCAUAGCUUUGAGUGCA